ACUCCCUGGAGUUCUUAAUGAUUGCCUAUUCAUUGAUCAAACUGAUUGUGGUAGCUACCUUAAGGCGGAGUGAAAGCAGCCGGAGAAGCGUAUUAGGCCACGUAGACCGCUACAACCGUCACAAGUAACACCGCUGGCCACACCCAUGACAACCACACAAUCAAGAUGUUCAACGUGCGCUCGAUCAUCCUGCUGGUCAUAUCCUACGUCGUAAUACCGCGCCUUACGUUUCUGCCGCAGAAUGUACACUCGCUGCUCAUAUUGUUCGGGCCCUUUGUCCUUCCGCGCCUCGUGGACUGGAUCAACGUCGCUCGCGCAACCUCUCGAAGCGUGCCCGUACGAUCAACUCCACCGCGAGUGAAGAAUGGGCUCAACCUCCUCUUCUUCGCCGCCAUUGCCUGCCUGGCUCUGUCCCUGUCGCGCUUUGCGCCCGAGAACAUAUUCGUCGCGACGCAAAGCCACAUCCGCACCGAGACCAGCGUAUUAUUCGCCCGGCUGCGACACCUUCGACCGCUGACCGAGAACGACCUUACAUUAUGGUCGAAGUUCAAAGUUAAUGCGCGCAACAAGCUUUACUAUCUGGCGUACGGCCCAGACACUCUGCUAAACUGCGCAUGGUGCGUUACGGCGGACGGCAACGAUGCCAGCAACUAUCUCCUGUACAACCUGCCCAAGAUUGUCACCCCGCACAUCUUCCAGCUGGCUGUCUUGGGGCUGGCUACAUCUUCGUUGGUAGGCACCGAAGGCUCGAGAUUCCGUACGCACGCGACUAUCUUAGGGCUCGCGACGCUGAUUGUGGAGAUAUGGUUCAUGGCGACGUACGACAUCACGGUCAACAGGCGAGCGGAGUUUGUGCAAGACAUCGAUUCGGUACAUUGGCGCGUCACGUUCCUCCGGUAUAUAUUCUUCGCAGUGCAGGAUAUUGGAAUGGCGUUCGUACUUUGGGCUACGAGCACGAAUCGAUGGCUCGCGAAGCCAGUCUCGAUUGCGGAGCGCUUGGAGAUGGCAACGCGUGUCUCUGAGGAGACCUUGAAUAAGCUUCGUGGUCUUGGACUUAUCACAAACUCGAUUAACCGCGAUCCUGCGCUUCGAGGUGUCCGCGAGGAUUACUGGAGGCAGGAAGGUCAAGUCAUGUCGGAGACCGUGCAGGAGGAAGCAGUCAUGGAGCAGAUCAAUGCUGCCAUCAGCAAGAUGGACUUCAAUGCGUUACAAGGACGGGUAGGAGAGGUUGCAGAUGGCAUUCUCAAAGGUAUCGACAAUCUCCGACAGCCUGGUCAGAUGGGUGAGGUACUGUCGUAAUGCUUUGGGUGUCGUUUAAGGACAUCGGUGACGCGGAUAUAGAUGGACAGGCUACCGGCGGUAUCUCCAGCAUGAAGCUGCGGACGUGUCGGUACUUAAACUUAUCUCAAGAUCUGACUUCUCCUUGAAACCUUGCAAAACUGGAUCCCCACAUGCCGUUCAAGUUUUCUCUUGCAUCCCUGGUCACUUGAUCCUUCUGGUGAGUUGUGCCGUGGGCGGCUUUGCUGUACCGCUCCUUAAGCCGUAAAGCCGAGCUUUCUUCUCCGUCCAAAUACCCAC